CUGCUCUCGGGGGCGGUGUUCUGCCUUCAUUCCCCCAUCUUGGAUCGUCAACACCCGGGCAAGUUGUCCCAGCUGUGGCCACAACACUUGUGCAAGCUGCAAGGAACCGUUCCACACGGGAAACUGCCCGGCCAACACCGACUACGAACGACAGAUGAGCGCCGCGAGGAGGUUCGGAUGGCAAACAUGUCCUCGUUGCGGGCGACUCGUGGAGCUGGAUUCCGGGUGCCAUCAUAUGAUGUGCCUUUGUGGGGUCGAAUUCUGCUACUUCUGUGGUCAAGUCUGGAAGACCUGCAGGUGUACCGUUCCGCUGGACCCCAGGGCUGAGGCGUAUGAGCGGAUCAUCGAGCGCACGGGGAACAUCCCCCCUGGAAGCAUCGGAUAUAUAGCCCCCGUCUUUCCGGGACGUGGUCAUUUCCCCCCUCCUGCAGGUUUUCCUCCCCAGCGAGAGUUCCCCCAAGAUCCCGGCCGCCCUCAGGAUGGUGGGCUUUUCGGUAUGUUUGCCGGCCGUCCCCGUACUCGUUCCCGCGGACCUCCAGAAUCUCCCAGACUGCUCGUCGCCACUUCGCGGGGCGGUCCUCUCCCGGGAGGCCCGCCCCAGAGUCCCGGCCCUACAGGUGAUGGCUUCCACUUCCCCCUCAUCUCUGAGCCUUACCCCAUUUAAGAAUUCUUGACUAACCGGUCCUCUUGUGGUAGAGCAGCGGCCUCGACCGGCCCCAUCCCAUCCGUCUUCCCACCUCUGGGGCCAACCCUUUCGCAGCCACCUCGCCGUGGGCAGUAUUAU